AUGGGCGCUUAUUGGUCCACCUGUCCUCGACAAAGAGCUCGUCCAGCUUUCACUGCUGUUCGUUACGCUUCUGCUAAGGCUGCUCCAACCGAGGUUUCUUCUAUCUUGGAGGAGAGAAUCAGAGGUGUCUCCGAGGAGUCCAACUUGAACGAGACCGGUAGAGUCUUGUCCGUCGGUGACGGUAUUGCCCGUGUCUUCGGUUUGAACAACGUCCAGGCCGGUGAGUUGGUUGAGUUCUCUUCUGGUGUCAAGGGUAUGGCCUUGAACUUGGAGGCCGGCCAGGUCGGUAUUGUGUUGUUCGGUUCCGAUGCUUUGGUCAAGGAGUCCGAGCCAGUCAAGAGAACCGGUAAGAUUGUUGAGGUUCCAACUGGUCCUGAAUUGUUGGGCCGUGUCGUUGACGGUUUGGGUAACCCUAUCGAUGGUAAGGGACCAUUGAACAACUCCUCCACCGCUAAGGCUGAGGUCAAGGCCCCAGGUAUCUUGCCAAGAAGAUCCGUUUUCGAGCCAAUGCAGUCCGGUUUGAAGUCCGUCGACGCUUUGGUGCCAGUCGGAAGAGGUCAGAGAGAAUUGAUCAUUGGUGACCGUCAGACUGGUAAGACCGCUGUCGCUUUGGACACCAUCUUGAACCAGAAGAGAUGGAACUCCGGUGAUGACGAGAAGAAGAAGUUGUACUGUGUCUACGUCGCUGUCGGUCAGAAGAGAUCUACCGUCGCUCAGUUGGUCCAGACCUUGGAGCAGCACGACGCCUUGAAGUACUCUAUCAUUGUUGCCGCCACUGCUUCUGAGGCCGCCCCAUUGCAGUACUUGGCUCCUUUCACCGCUUGUUCUAUCGGUGAGUGGUUCAGAGACAACGGCAGACACGCCUUGAUCAUCUACGAUGACUUGUCCAAGCAGGCUGUGGCUUACCGUCAAUUGUCUUUGUUGUUGAGACGUCCACCAGGAAGAGAGGCUUACCCAGGUGAUGUUUUCUACUUGCACUCUCGUUUGUUGGAGAGAGCUGCUAAGAUGUCCGAUGCCAACGGCGGUGGUUCUUUGACCGCUUUGCCAGUCAUUGAGACUCAGGGUGGUGAUGUGUCCGCUUACAUUCCAACUAACGUCAUUUCCAUUACUGAUGGUCAGAUUUUCUUGGAGGCUGAGUUGUUCUACAAGGGUAUCAGACCAGCUAUCAACGUCGGUUUGUCUGUCUCUCGUGUCGGUUCCGCCGCUCAGGUUAAGGCCAUGAAGCAGGUCGCCGGUUCCUUGAAGUUGUUCUUGGCUCAGUACAGAGAAGUCGCCGCUUUCGCCCAGUUCGGUUCCGACUUGGACGCUUCUACCAAGCAGACCUUGGCUAGAGGUGAGAGAUUGACCCAGUUGUUGAAGCAGAAGCAGUACUCUCCAAUGGCUGCUGAGGAGCAGGUUCCAGUCAUCUACGCUGGUGUCAACGGUUUCUUGGAUGAGAUCCCAAUCUCCAGAAUCGGUGAGUUCGAGGAGUCUUUCUUGUCUUCCUUGAAGUCCAACCAGCCAGAGAUUCUCGAGGCUAUCAGAGUCAGAGGUGAGUUGUCCAAGGAGGAAUUGGCCUCUUUGAAGUCUGCCACUGAGUCCUUUGUUGCUUCUUUCUAA